ACAAUGAGAAGAAGGCAACUCAUAGAGUAAGUGAACCGAAGUAACAAAGGUGACACGCCACCCGCUUCAGUCUUCACUUACAAAAAAGUAGAGACUAGAGAAGGCGGCGAAGAAGACUGCGUUUGUGGAAGAGGUGCCGGGGUGGCAUUCAGAAAAGCAAUCAAUGUCGGUUUCUUUAAUCUUUCAUCUCUCCUCCUUUUCUGCUCUCGAUUCCUUCUCUUUUCUACUACAAUGUAGACAAUUUUUUCCUUUCAAUUUCCAUCAAUUAUGAACAAAUACUUUCUUUCUUUCUUCCUUCCUUCUUUCUUUAUCUUUCCUGAACCAAAAACACUCAAUUUACUGAAAUCGGAAAAUGUACAACUGAUUAGGUAAAUAUUGACAUUGAAUUCCUCGAUUUGAAGAAAAAAUUUCGCUUGUAAUAAGAGUAGUAUAGUAGUUAAGUGAGAAGAUGAGCUGGCCCUCGCCGAUGGAGUUUCAUUAUGCAAACUCUGCCCCUGGCAUGCCUUAUAAUUCAAUUGGAAGCUUUGUGGAUUUCUUUGGAGGCCUUACUUGUGACCAUGUCAAUUUUAUUUUUGCAGAGGCUCAUCCUUAUGCACAGGAUAGUGUAUACCCUUCGAUGAACACCAGUUUCCACAAAUUUGCAUAUUCUGAACCUGGGAGUUUUUACUGUGACUAUGGUCAUGGUUAUGUGAUGAAUGAUCAUACUCAAACAUCUGAAAUCGGUGAAUACGGUAGGAAUUUAGAGGAUCCUUCAAGCAUGAUCCAAGAACAAACUGGAGCUGAUCACAUGCAGCGAGAGGAGAAUUCAAUCUCCCCUUCACAUGCUAAUCCUGUGGAGUGUCCUCGAAGUCAUCAGAAUACUCGUGAUUAUGAGGUCGUUUGGCAAGACAACAUUGAUCCUGAUAACAUGACGUAUGAGGAGUUACUUGAAUUGGGUGAAGCUGUUGGCACUCAAAAUAGAGGUCUUUCGCAGGAACUUAUUUCCUUGCUUCCAGUCUCCAAGUUCAAGUGUGGCUUAUUUUCACGAAAGAAAUCAAGACAUGAGAGGUGUGUUAUCUGCCAGAUGGAAUACAAGCGAGGUGAUCGGCAAAUGACUCUUCCAUGCAAGCACAUGUAUCAUGUAGGUUGUGGCAGCAGAUGGCUUAGCAUCAACAAAGCUUGUCCAAUUUGUUACAAAGAGGUUUCGCUUAAUGGAUCGAAGAAAUAAUCAGCAUAGAGUGGUUCUUUUCUUUGUUGUUCUGAGGUUACAGCACUGCCUAUUUCUUCUCCUUUUUCUUUUUAUAUAGUGUCUUUAUUUUCCUUUCAUAAUCUCACUUUCCAGUAUAAAUAGGUCAUUCGUCGUGACAUGAUAUUUGUAUCAGCGAAGUUGGUUUUUUUUUAUUAUUAUUAUUUUUGUGGAAAAGAGCGAAGUUGGUGUUUGUACAAGUUUUUAUGUCGCUUUUACAUUUCUGUAUGCUUAGUGUACUUGUAUUCUAGCUGU